UCUACAGUCUAACAAAUUCCUCGUACUGUCGUCAGGUAGCGCUGCAAGCACUCCAAUUCGGCCGGCCGCCCCUGAUUGUAAUAAUACAACAUGGCGGCAUGUCAUCAGUGCAGUGCAGUGUCUUGCGUGUUUGAGAAGUAAAACGCAACCACCACCACCACCAUCAGAAAUUGGCAAAGAAGAAGACCAAGCAACUGAAACUGACAAAGCUAAAAAAGAAACUCAGCAAUACUUUGCACGCAUUGAUCACAUCUGAGGAUCCACCCCUGACUUUCGUUUCCUGUCUUUGAAACGUGGCCCGUCUGCUCCAGCUUCAAGUUUGGUCAGCCAAAACAACGGAGCCAGCCACCCACGCGUCUCUCGUUUUUCAAAUUGUGAAUUGUAAUAAGCCACUGCUGCUGUGAUAUUUAACGUUAAGACUCGCAACUUGAAUACCAACAACAAAAUGUCCUACGAUCCUCAGUGGAGUCAUUUCCAGCCGCCAACAGCCAUGAACAGCUCCACGUCUGACGUCUUCAACUUUAAAAAUCAAGGUCAUUCGGAAUACAACAACUCAAGUUACUCGUCGCCGGCGCCGUUCAUGAGGCCAGUGAUCGGCAGCGGCGGAUACCCUUCCUCGUCGGCGACAUCGUCAUCGUCGUCCCGUUUCCCGACCAUCGGCACUUUCUCCACCACGGACGUGUUCAACGGCGCCUCUUCGGACAACAUGUUUGGCGGCAGGUCACCGCCUAACAGCACCACCAACAACACGUCUAACAACUACGGCGACUCUGCUGGCAACAACCAGAACAUCAGGGAAACCGGCAUCAUUGAGAAACUGCUGCACUCAUACGGCUUCAUACAGUGCUGCGACCGUCAGGCUCGGCUCUUCUUUCACUUCAGCCAGUUCAACGGCAACAUCGAGCACCUGAAGAUUGGUGAUCCGGUAGAGUUUGAGAUGACUUACGACCGGCGCACUGGCAAGCCGAUCGCCAGCGCCGUGACCAAGAUCGCGCCCGAGGUGGUGCUCAGCGAGGAGCGCGUGAUGGGCAUCGUGACGACGGAACUGUCGCAGCCGCCCGAGUCACAAGGCCGCAUCAGCUAUGAGAACCGCGGCGAGUGCUUCUUCCUGCCAUACAACAAGGAUGACGUCGAGGGCAACGUCACCCUCAGGUCGGGUGACAAGGUCUCCUUCCAAAUCGCCACCAAUCAAAGCAGGAGUGGCAACCUGGCCGCUCGCAAUGUCCGGCUCGAGAACCCGGCUCACCCCGUCCGCUACCAGGGUGUGGUGUGCUCAAUGAAGGAGAGCUUUGGCUUCAUUGAGCGCGCUGAUGUCGUCAAAGAAAUUUUCUUCCACUUCUCUGAGGCCAAGGGUUUGAAGGAAGAACUCGCCCUUGGCGACGACGUCGAGUUUACAAUCCAAACUAGAAACGGCAAAGAAGUGGCGUGCAACAUCACUCGCCUGGAGUCUGGCAGCGUUAUCUUCGAGGACGUGGGCACUGAGCUGAUUAGUGGUCAGGUCCUGAAACCCCUGGAACGCAACCUGGCACGUCACCAGAACGAUCCACUGCCUGGCCGUAUCCGCUACCGCGCUCCUGACCAUAAGGAGGUGGACAUCCAGUUUGGAGACAAAGAUCAGCAGGGCGAUUUCACCCUGAGACACGGUGACUGGGUCGAGUUCUGCGUCGCCACCGACCGCCGCGACGGACUCCAAAGGGCUACGAAGAUUAAGAUACUGCCUGAGUCUUUCAAUGUGUCUGGCGAAAAGCGAGAGCAAGGCAUUGUGGUGAACUUGAAGGAUGGAUUUGGCUUCAUCAACUGCGCCGACCGAGAUGCCAGGAUGUUCUUCCAUCUAAAUGAAAUGCUAGACAUAGACCGUGUAUUGCGCAUCGGCGAUGAAGUCGAAUUUACGGUUGCCCAGGACCUUUCGCAACCUGGCAGACAGAGCGCCACCCGCAUUUUGAUGCUGCCCUCGGGAACAGUCCAGUUUGAGCUGAUCGUUCAGCGCGAUCUCAAUGGCGUAGUGACCAAAGACGCACCCAACAUCACCUCGUGGCAACCACGUAGCCCCUCUAAGAGCGAGAAGAAUCAACCGGAGGCUGGCCAAAUUUCUUACACAGUUGAAAGCGAAAAGAAAGUUGUCUCCUACUUCGCCAAGGACUGCCAUGAUAUUAAGAACAUACCAAGAUUAAAUGAUAAGGUUCGCUUCAACAUCGCUCAGGUGAAGCGGAACAAGGAGUUGCUGGGGGUGGAUGUGCAGAUCACGCAGAAGGCGUCCCCGACCAAGAACAACGUCGCAGCAAACAGCAACAGCAAUGUAAGCAACGGCCCUGCCCUGAGCCCUCUGGGCCCAGUUGGGUCGCAGUGCCAGGGCUGGCUUGCCGCCAUAAAGGACGGAUUCGGCUUCAUAGAGGCGUCGACGCACGACCGUGAGGUUUUCUUCCACUUCAGCAACUACGACCGCGACCCAACGACCCUAGAGGUGGGCGCUGAAGUCGAAUUCACCCUGGGCGCGCGCAACACGUCUAAUGGCUCUUGCGUGUCCGCCGAGAACGUGCGCGUGCUGGCCAAAGGCACCAUCGUGGUGGCCGAGAUCGAGCCCGAUGUGCGCAACGGAAAGGUGGUCAGAUCGCUGCGGGCAGCAAACCCUGAGCAGGCAGAGUACGCCGGCCUCGUCAGGGAGGUGCUGGACGAAGAGGACAGCGAGGAAUCCGUCGGCAGCGAAUUUGAGUUUGGUAUAUCCAGCCUGCAAAACAAGCGCGAACUGCUGCAGAACGGCGACGCAGUCACCUUCCAAGUGGAUGCUGACAACAGAGCCACCAAUAUAGUCGCCGUCAGGAAGAAGCUGCGUGCGGUCGUUGAUACCAUGAAAGGCCAGUUUGGUUUUCUCAACCAUGAAAUGGAAGAUGGCAAAAAGCUGUUUUUCCGCACCUCAGAGGUUGCUGAAAACGUCACCCUUCAGCCAGGAGAUACCGUCGAAUUUGUCCUUGUGACCAACCAGCGCACUGGAAAGUCUUCAGCCUGCUCUCUUGUGCGAGUGGCGGACGCCAGGCGGCCGGAAAGAAUGAUGAGCAAGCUGCGCAGCAUCAGCCUGGAUGAGGCUGGGCCGAAGGUUGUGACCAUCAGACAGCCCAAGGGCCCAGACGCGAGCAGCAAGGGCUUCAGCAGCGAGGCCCGCACGCCGCGCAAGCCAGGCUUUGUCCCCAUUAUUGAGGAGGAGAAGAUCGAGGAGGUCAAGUAAAGAAACUUGUGAUAGGCAGGCCUGCUGUCGGCCUGAAAUCACACUCACAUACGAAUGUACACUCGCAAGGGACACAGCCUUUUCUACAGCCCGAUACACGGGAUUUCACGCAAUUCUAAUCAAAGUUUCCUCGUAGCUUAAUUGCCGCCGCCUCUGAUUUUACGAUAAUAGUCCUGCAUUUAUUUGGGGACGAACACAAACCAAAAAUCUGAUGAAAAAUAUUAAAUUGAUGCAUAUCAAAAGAUGAAAUUUCAAACAAACAAUUAUUACACAAGAGAAAAAAUGCUUUAAACUCGGACGAUGUGGAUGCCGCCAAAUUCUCUCGCCCCCCGAUUAGCUAAGGCGGAAGUCGAUAGUGUCCGGAACGGACGACCGUUUUAGAAAUCCGAAUUUAUUCCUUUGCUCUUGUAUUUCUUCUAAAUUGUAACUAACGUCCUUUUCGGGCAGUGGCCGAUCUCCGCACAAGGCGAAAUGUAUAAUUUACUUACGCCCAAAUUAGUUGUUUUACAUCUCACUGCAGAAGAGUUGCAUUCGAUUUUAAUUUGACGCAGUGCUUCAAACCAAGUCACUUUUUAGCCGGACAGCAGUUUGUAAUCUAUCUCUCCUCACAACAUGUUGCUGUAUUUCUUCAUUGAAGUAAUUUUGGGGCAUCAAAGAAAACGAGAACUUACACACUACUAAGCUUUUUCUUGCAUAUUUGCCUAGGAAACUGUUUGCAUACUACUACGGUAAAACUAAACGAAACGGAAGUAACACACGAAUUUGAUGUUUGGUUGAGUAGAGAGCAGAUGAUGUUUUUUGCAUACAAAGAGAGGUGAGAAAGUAUAGACGAAAAACUACUAUUAUACCAAAGCAAAGCUCGAGCAAGCAGGACCGUUCACAAUAAAUAAAGACAAUUGGACCGCAACUGAACUAAUGUUGAUAACCGCGAGAUCAAGACGAGUAAAUUUUUUUGCUUCUUGAUGCUGAAGAUGCUGAUUUAAGAAAAAGAAAGAAACAACCAUGUGAAUAUAUUAACGCACCCAUUGUUACCAAGACUGAGAAACUGUAACAUUUGUUAAUAUUUAAAGUAUAGAGCUAAGAAGACGAAAAACAAACAAAAAAAGAAAUAAAAGAAACAAAAAGUGAAUUAAGCAAAAAAAAAUGAAAGAAAAGCAUAAAGUUUUUGACGAAAA